AUGGCGUCGAAUGUCAUUUCUGUCAACGAUCAGGUUCGAAUCGACGGUCACGGCCUUGGAAUCGUCACUGAGAUAGUUUACCGCGGGUUCACCACGAGCUACAUGGUCAGGCUAGUUGACAGUAACUUUGAAGUUGAACUUGAAAGGGAGAGAUUGACGAUUGUGCCUACCGACGAGAUGAACGCUAUGUCCGAACGGCCAAGGUCCAGAUUUAAUAUUGUCUCUGACUCUGAUGUUGACGCCUUUAACCACGAGCAAAGUUCUUCAAAGAAAUUCUUUGAAGAACCUGAGAUAAACGAAAAUCGUGAAAUUUUUGAAAUUCCAGAAAAUGAAUUGUCCUCAUUACUUUGCCGGUUUUUAGUCAGUGUCAGAAAGCAAAAUGGAGACGAGUAUGAGCCUUCAGUCCUGCGUGGAAUGAUAUCUAGUUUUGAUCGGCAGUUACGUCGAAAAGGUUAUGAACAAACCAUUGCUUUGGGCCCUGGAUUUGCUAAAGUUCGAGAGACACUGUCUAUGAAACAACGACAGCUUAAAAAAGAUGGGAGGGGUAACUUGCCAAAAAAAAGUGAACCGCUGUCUGACAAAGAUAUAGACCAUUUAUGGAACUCAGACCAACUUGGCACAAGAACACCGGACACUAUACUUCAAACACUUUGGCUGUACAAUACCAUACAUUUUGGACUUAGAAGUUGUCAAGAACACCGUGAUAUGUGCUGGGGAGAUAUUUCAUUAAUGGCCGAUGAUAACGGACAUGAAUACUUGCAAUUUUCGGAGAGACAAACCAAGACACGGUCCGGUGAAAAUCCGAGAGAUGUGAGGGUAAUAAAACCUAAGAUGUGGGCAAAUGUUGUAAAUCAUGAUCGAUGCCCGAUUGCCGUUUACAAAUUGUACGCUGAAAAACGUCCAAUGAAUUAUUCUGAAUUUGACCAUCCAUUUUAUAUUGCAACUACAACUAUCCACUUACCUUCACCCCGUGACACCUGGUUUAAACGAAAUCCAGUAGGAAUCAACAAACUAGGAUCAAUGAUGAAGAGAAUGGUCCAGCAUUCUGGUUUAAAUUCAAGUAAACGCCUUACUAAUCACAGUGCACGAAAAUACCUUGUUCAAAAAUUGAACGACAGUAACAUUCCUCCUAACCAAAUUAUGCAAAUAUCCGGUCAUAAGAAUAUAGCAUCCAUCAACAAUUAUAGUCACAUAAAUCAGAAUCAGCACAGACAAAUAUCCGACAUCCUUCAUUCCAAUGUAAAAGAAAACAAUCCAGCGAAUCCCAUUCCAUAUCCGUGUUCAAAUUCUGCACAGUUAAACCAUAACACAGCACAUGUCAACACCGAUUCAAGGUCCAAUCUUCAUGUAUCCGGUGGGUUUCAGAGUAUUUUCAGCGCUCCCAUACAUGGUGGAACAUUUCAUGUGCAUGUUCAUCAAAAUGACUCCAAAUUAAAUCAAAAUUCAGGCCACAAACGUGCACGAUACAUAGACAGCGAUAGUGAUUAAAUUCGAGUUCAUAUGCAAGAUGCCGGCUAUCAAACUUUACACACAUGAACAUUGACGUCAUGAGUAAGAUGGUGACAAUGUGAUAUUUUUACAAAUGAAUGAUAUUAAGUCUUGUUAUUGCUAUAAAAACAUGUUAUGAAUUUGACGAAAUAAAUGUGAUAUUAUAUGUCAGUAAGCACAAUAGUUUUUCCUAAAAAAAACUGUUUUAACUAGUACUACUUUUUUUAGCGCAUGAGGGUCAGAAACCGUAUAACAACUUCGACCCAUUUCUCCUUAUAUAGAAAAAAGGCACAGCAAUUUAUUUUCUUCGUUUAUCAGGGCGCUUUUUCUGGUCAUGUCAUAAAUAGAAUCUUAAUUUCGUGUUUAUGUUGUAUUAAAUUUAUUAAACUCGUCAUCUGAA